AUGUUUCUGCAUUUCACAAAUAUAUCCACGAAGGACUCGGGUCUCUAUCGGUGCAAAAUGUGGGGAAAUGUGUCCCUUGUAAGCCAUUCAAUUAAUGUUUCAGUCUUGGAAUGCCCAACAGAAAUCUCGGUGCCCGAGAAAAGAUCGUGGGACGCCCAAGUCUCGUCGUCUCUGACGCUGAACUGCACGGUCAGAUACGGCUACCAGCCCCGUCCUGCAGUAACAUGGUGCAGACAGCAGGGGGAGUCCUGCAUGCAGCUGGAAACGGGAGAGAAACGCAACGUCUCGUGGCACCAGUUGGCCCCGAACACAGGCGUCUGUUUACUCACCUUCCUCAGUGUCUCCCUGUCUGAUUCUGGAGAAUAUCGCUGCAAGGUGUAUCAGAGAAAGGCCUGUGGAGACACCAUUUUCAGCCCCUCUCUUCAGCUCUACGUGACAAAAAAAGGACAAGUUGUGACCGAGCACUGCAUUAAAGCUGAGUUAGGAGUUCUGGCCAAGGUAAUGGACAUUGGACGGAUCUUCUUCUUCAUAGCAGUGACCGUGGCUGUAAUACUGCUGACACUGUGCUGGGCUCUCAAGCUCAAAGGAAAACUUUUCCCCAGAGACAGACCCCCCACUCACAGCCCCGCCUCCCAGGAACUUCUGGAGGUGCCGCCCCCUCCACGGUGUCAGCAGUCUGGGAUGGAGAUGCCGGAUGACGACCCCUCAGCGGACAGCGAACCUUCAGACUACGAGACCUGCAUCUGACAGCUGUCACUCAGCAGACAGAUCACUCUCACACAAAAUAAUACUUCUCCGUUUUGCGUGAGAUUAACUUGCUGAAAUUUUUACUUUUUUCGAUUUGGAUAAAUUCACUGAAUGUAUCUGUACAUCAUACUUUUUUGUCAUUAAUUGUCAGACAUUUCUUAUAUCUAUGACGAUCUACUAUAAAAUUAAUCA